GUAACUGGAGUAGUUCAGCCUGACCCAUGAAACUCCAAAGGUUCCACUUCUCUUUCGUUCUUUCAUUUCUUUCUUUUUCUUUUUUUCUUUGAGCUGGUUUUACAGAUUAAAACCAAAGAAGUGAUGUUAAUGGUUUUAGAUGAGCUGAACUGCAACUACUGUCACCACGUGAAACCGAAAGAGUGCAAGACCUAAACCUCAGUUAUUUAGUUAGACCUUCAGUCUGGUCAGCUGCUUACUCCUAAUCAGUCCUACAUUUUAUUACAGCAGGUUAUUUUACAGAUACUUUCACACUCUGUAACAAAAUGGCUGGUGUCUUGAUUAUACUUAUAAAUGUGAUCUUUUCUGUAUCAGCUUCCAUAUGCACGGAGAAACAGUUGGAAACGACCGGUGUUGAAGGUCAGGCUACAAUUCUCUUCUGUGAAUCAGACCUGGACAAUGAAAGCUCAACAUUUACUUGGACUAAAGAUAACCAUACUUUAGAACCAAGCUCACGGAUUACAAUGCAAGGCCAGAUAUUGUGGCUUUUAAACACUACCUCAUCUGACGGCGGCCUUUACGUAUGUCGAAGCACCAACUCAACUUUCAGUAUGGAAACUGGAGUGUUCCUGUCUGUUGAAGCCGGACCUUGUCCGAGUCUCUAUGACAUAGACGUGACACAAGAGAAAAACAAUGUCAGCCUUUCCUGUUCUGAAGAACGCAUUCCAGUUCUGGGCCAGAGAUUGGAAGUGCAGUGGUGGAAGGACUGCAAGUCUACAGGCUUACGAGGCAGUGAGUUAAAUCUUUUUAACGUAUCCAUGAGCAGCAAAGGCAACUACACUUGUCUGGUCAUAUUUAGACAUGAAGACAAAAACUACACAGCAUCACUUACUUAUCAGCUCCUAGUGAAAAAGAAAGAGACUGUGAAGGAGCCUCGAGUAAUCCAACCUCGUAACAAAACUCUAUAUGUCAAGCCAGGUGUGGAGAUCAAAUUGGAGUGCAAUGUGUUCAUUGGUAUUGGAGAGGAAUCCCAGCAAGAAACGUCUGUAUACUGGAUAAUAAAUAACUCUUACAUUGAUAUAUACCCCGAUCUUCAGCAGAACCUGACCAUAGAGAUGAGAGAGGAUUCUUGGCUAUAUGGUCGGUUAACAUUGCUCAUUCCAGAAAUUUUGCCCGAAUUCUUCGGCAUACCUUUUCACUGUGUCAUAUUAAAUCCCGUCGGAAGCGACCGAGGCCAGGUGUGGCUCAGCCAAGAUGAUUAUACCAAAUACGCAUGGCUGGUUACUGUCGUGCUCCUCGUAUUAGCAGCUGUUUUAAGUGCCGUCCUGCUGACCUUCUUUAAAAUAGACUUAAUUCUAGCUUACCGUCAUCUUUGUGGCAAAAACAAAACCAUUCAAGAAGGGAAUCGAUACAACGCAUGUGUGUUGUAUCUCCCUGGUCCUGGUUCCUCUAUAGCAGAGGACUUUGCAUUGAGGAUCUUACCAUCCAUGUUAGAGCAACAGCAUAACCUCAGACUGUUCAUACAAGGCCGUGACACAGACACAGGAGGGAAUAUUGCCAGCAUGACUGAGGCGCUGAGCUGGAGCCAGGCGGUGAUGCUCAUCCUUCCAGGCAAAAUUGGAGAUGAUACUUUGAUUCCACUAAGUAAAGACCAAAACAAGCUUGAAGAACUCUCAGUCUUUUUUUCUGACAUUACUCACUCCGGUGUCCCGCUCCUUCUGGUGGAGUGUGAGGAGAAUGCAGAUUAUUCAUUGCUGCCAGAGUCUAUACAGUCCAGCAUUAAAAAGGACAGAGUGCUGAAGUGGAAGUCAGCAGUGCAACCCAAUGGUCCUUUCUGGAAGCAGCUCAGAUAUCACAUGACCUGAGAAACUGUCUCUGUAUAAGAUCAUUCAAUAAUAAUGGAAGAAAAAAGAAAUUUUAUGCCAUGUUUAUAUACUCUACCUUUACUUAAACUAUGCAUUACCUUUUCAAUUGUUUUUGCUUUUCAUCUCAUUAACAUUUGCAUUGCUACUGUAGUAUUAUACACUUUAAUCUUUACACAGAUACUCUAUCAUGAUACAGGUAUCAUACUAUACAGUCAUCGCUACUGAUCAGAGUCUAGACACUGAGCAAAAGAAAGUUUAAUGUAGCCCAAGAACUUAAGAAAUUGUAAACCUAGGAUUGCAAACGGGAAGCUUUAGUUUUGCUUCCUAUUUUUUAUUUUCUGUCCGGUUUUCCAGGCUACACUGAAUAAGAACUGACGUCAGUGCUCUGUUGCGUUACAUUAAACACAUCGAUUAUUUCAACAGAACGGAUCUCUAAUGUUUGGUCCAUUCUUUUAAAAAAGGCUAGUCCAUCACAGGCGGACAUACAGACGAAGCUGAACACUGAUGAGAGAUUUUGGUUUAGGGUUACUAAAUGUUUACACCAGAGAUCCCCCUAUCACUGAGUGGUGCAUCUUAAUCGACUCUGUAGUUCCCUAGUUCGUGAACCAGUAUAUCGUGUUCACAAGUUUCAGACAUUGCUAUGGCCCUUACUACUAAACUAGGGAGUUGAUAGAGACACACUAGGGAUCUCACUCAUUCAGGAUUAAAGAGUCACUUGUGUCAAAAUCAAAUAUUGAUUUGUUCAGAAUAAAAUAUGAUUUGGAAAAUAUGUGUAAAAUAAAAAACAAUCUAUGAAUGUA